CAUUUUGUGCAUGCCCUUUUACGCCAUGGCGGAGAUGGAUGACGGAGACGAGCCGGGCUCGGUCCAUACGCAGGGCGGCUCGUCGGGGUCCAAGUCGGGGGCAGACAAGAUGUUCUCUCUGAAGAAGUGGAACGCUGUGGCCAUGUGGAGCUGGGACGUCGAAUGUGACACUUGCGCCAUUUGCAGGGUCCAAGUAAUGGAUGCAUGUCUGAGAUGUCAGGCGGAGAAUAAGCAAGAGGACUGUGUUGUCGUGUGGGGAGAGUGCAACCAUUCUUUCCAUAACUGCUGCAUGUCUCUGUGGGUGAAGCAGAACAACCGAUGCCCACUAUGCCAACAAGACUGGGUUGUUCAGAGGAUUGGGAAGUGAGGUCACCGAUGACUAUACACUGAAUUCUUUGUCCGCUCUGGGCCCCACCUGGCUUCGGGACACUGGACAGAGAACACUUGUUAGCUGCCCGAUGUGACAGCUGUGUGCAUGUUUGUGACUGUCAAACAGAACCCAUGGACUUCACCAGGACUCCAGGUGAUGCUGGCUGCCUGUCUCCCUGUCUGCCAGUAAAAAGCACGAGACUAAGAAGCACUGUGGAGCAACACUACGGUGUCCUUGGGAGUGUGGAUGGGAGCAUGGAUGGUGCUGUGAAUGUGUCUUUAAAGUAUGUUAUAAUCUAAACAAAUAAACAUUAAAAUAGGUUAGGUCCGUC